AUGGAGGAGAGGAAAGGUCACGAUCGAACGCUUGUGAAGCGCCAUGCUUUCGGCGUGAAGGCUGACGUCUCUGGUUGCGUUUGUUGGGUUGAAGAGGGAACACUUCUCUACCCAAUCGGAAAGACGGCCGCGAUGCACAACCUCAAUACGAACACUCAGCGCUUCUUUGAAACAAGUCAGCGGAGCGGAGGCAUCACGGCGCUUGCGGUAAGUGCAAAUAAGAAAUUCAUUGCCAUGGCAGAAAGCGGUGCAGCACCACAAGUUCAGGUUUUUGACACUGUUACCCGGAAACGGCGGAAGGUGUUGACUGUUCCUGACCUUGAAGGUGAUCGCUUCACCGCCCUAGACUUCAGUGCCGAUGGUCGCCACCUCGUCACGCAGGGUGGUGCCCCCCAGUGGCGACUGUUCUUCUGGAACUGGGAGCGGUCGAAGCCUCUGGCUUCCACAUCCGUAGUGGCUGAUUUUGGGUUGCAGGAGAUAUGUGAAGCACAUAAUGAAAGUGAUGCCGCUCCUGGAUCUUUGUCAUCCGGGGCCCGUACCACUGCCGCGCAGAGCUCCACCACGUCGAUGUCUCACGUGACAUGUGUGACCGUUUGUCCCAGUGAUCCGCUACUGAUCGGCGUGUCGGGAUUCGGGUUCAUGUAUUUUUACCGCUAUCAGGAGGGCGUACUGAGGAUUCAGCCUCAUAUAUCUUUCGCGCGGGAACGGACGUCGAACUUUUUAACUCAUUCUUGGGUUGGGAGAGAUCGUGUAGUUGCUUCGACGCAGAAUGGUGAGUUGUUGUUGAUUGAAGCCGGUGUCUUUAGGCGUAUUCUUCCUGUUCCACCCUCCACCACCGAGGGUGCUGUGAAUCCGGCAGUGUUGGCCAUUGUACCGACAAGGAAUGGUUUUAUUGCUGGAAGCGAUCAGGGUACGGUUGCCAUUUAUGAAACUAUCGGAUCUGCAAAUGAGAGCUACGCCAUUGUGUACAAUGUACCUGUGCCGUCGGAGAAGCCAGGUGAGGUGAAGAGUGAUGAUCUUGGUGUUGCCUCCCGGCCGGUAGCGACUAACAAGCUGCGAGCUUCCAUUAUAAGCGAUGGGCAAACCGAAGGUGAAGGAGGUCAGGACGCACCCGCAAAACCGCUUUUUGUUAUAAAUGACGUAACGCAGGGUAAAAUUUCCUCAACCACCGAAAGUUCACCAACUGUGAGUGGAAAGGGAAUUCGACCAGCACAACUGCGCUUGGAAGCUGGACGACCCGAGCCCCGGAAGGACAACAGCGUAGUGCACCUUUGUAUUGAUCAGACAGAAGAAACCGUGGCAAUGGUGACUCACGGCGGACAAAUCCUCGCCUUCAACUUUGCAAGCGAUUGGUCGAAGGUUUCUGCGGAGGAGCCACCCACGGUCUUGCACGUUUGUCAACCAUUUCACAUUGGUGGGAUUAUUGGCCUGGACUGCAGUGUGAAGAAGCCCUAUCUCGCUACAAGUGGUGUUGACCAGAGCGUCCGCAUAUGGAAUACCAGCACCCACCGCUUGGAAACGUGUGAGUACUUCACCUCCCAACCCGGCGCGUUAGCCAUUCAUCCCAAUGGUCUGUACCUGGUCGUGUGCUUUCCUGAUAAGGUACGUGUCUUGAGCAUCCUUUGGAACGGUUUGCGUGAGCGGCGGGUCAUCAACUUGCGCAACACUACAGACGUAAAAUACUCAGUUGGUGGAAGUUACUUCGCCGUUGCUCACGGUAAUAUUAUUCAUUUGUACAAUUCACUUACUUGCGAUGUGCAUGGGCAGUUACGCGGUCAUCCGCAGAAAAUCAACUGUUUUCAGUGGUGCGCCACUUCACCAUAUCCAACCGACAACUCGAUCAUUUCAUCUUCACUUGAUGGGAUCGUCAUCAACUGGAAUAUAAGCGAGAUGCGUAAGGAAACGGAGUAUGCUGACAAAAAACACCAGUUUCGCUAUAUCACAGCCGAUGAUAGAACCUUGUGGGCCGUUAGUGAGCCGACGUCGAUUGCCAUGGAUGUGCAGUGGAAGUCCACACUUCACGAGAUGGACCGGUACACUACCUCUGACAUUGCUGCGAACGCGGCCGUCACGGAGUACGAAUUUGUGGAAAGCAAAGUUACGUCACUACUGAUCGCACCAAAACAACGUAUGCUGUUUGGUGGUAUGGACGAUGGUUCCGUUAAGUUUAUGUCUUUUCCACUUCAGGUAGGUGUGCAGGAAGUUCCUAUUGUUGCGCACAUGGGUCCGGUGGGGCGUAUGGUACUUUCGCAUGAUGAGAGCACCCUCUACACCAUUAGCUCUGAUGGAACGCUCUUCAUAUUUGAUGCCCGCGAGGAUGGUCGACCGCUCCAGCGAGACUUGGGAUACUUCAGUGAUGAUGUGCUUGUUCUCGCAAGUGAAGUGGAGGAUCAUGACAUUACCAUUGAGAGUCUGCGUCACACAACGGAGAAACUACGUACAGAUAUUGAGAGUGACGAGAAGCGACGUAAUCACGAGCAGAACACCCGUCUGCGUGAGCGCGCGGAUGAGUUCAAGAAUGAACUGGACACACUAGAUGCAGAGUAUGAGGCACUGCUUAAUGCAAAAGCGGAGCAGGAGCGGGCGUUCGUGGCGGUUAAGUUAGAAAAAGAGGGCGAGUCAGCCCCACAGCUCGAAGGAUUAGAGCGCGAAGGGCAGGCAGAGGUGCAGCGUUUGGAGGACCUCUGCGCUGAGCUGCAACACAAGCUCGAUCAAAGUACGUUUGUGUAUGAACGAGAAGUAGAGGAUCUACUGGCAGAGAUCCAGCGGCAUCAAGAGGAAGAUCAUGACCGCUUCAAGGAUGUUGUGUCAAAGCGAGAGAAGGGGCUUCAGAAACUCGAGCAACAGGUGCAAAGGACAAAGGCAAACAACGCGGAGGUGCGUCAACGUCUUGAACUUGACACGGAUGCCGAAGUUAUGAACGUAGAGAAACAAAAUCAGGCGGAGUUGAAUGCCAUCCGUGAACGGUACUUGCGUAUGAAGGGUGAAGGUGCUAUUAUGCGGAAAAAUACUCUUCGCAUGCAAAAGGAAACAGACGUACACAACAGUGAAUUGCAGGUGCUCGAUAACGCAAAGGCAACGCUAACAGAACAGUUGAGCGAGUUGAAUGAAACGAUGGCUCAACUGCAUCAAGAUAUUGAUGAGCGUGAUGCUAUUAUCGGUGAGAAGGAGCGAAAAAUAUAUGAUCUAAAGAAAUUGAACCAGGAGCUGGAGAAGCACAAGUUCGUUCUGGACUAUCGUAUCCGACAGCUUAAGUCGCAGAUGGAGCCAAGACAACGGGAGAUUGCUCGGGAGCACCAGCGCAUUAGUGAACGAAAUGUUGAGCUAGACAAUCUGCACGGGAACAACAUUGCUCUUCGCCAGAACAUUGAGGAACUCAAGGCCGAACUGGCGCAGCAGCAGCAGCAAAUCAAGCAAACACUCAGCCACAUGAAGGAUUUUGAGACAUACAAAUCCCGUGUGAAGAGGGAUAUAGGUGAGAUUGCCCCAGCCAUGCAAGAUGCCGCAAUGCUGCGUGACGUGGUUGAGCGGUUGUAUCAACGGCACGUGGUAGCGCGAGACGGCCAGCGGGCAGCACAGGUGGGCCAGGAGAUAAAGGACGAGUUCAAAUCACAGGUGGAAUACCUUAGUACUUCUGUGGAGGCGCUGAGCCGCAAAUGUGAGGCGGACCAGGAGCAGCACCGCUGCGAGGUUUCAGCAAUGAUGAUGGAGAAUCUUACACUUAUCCGUGAAAUUCAUGAACUCCGAGCUGAACUUGCAGAUCUCCGCAAUGUGUCAGUAACUGUGGCGGACGAGGGUAAGCGGCACGCCAUGUUAGAGGAGCGCGGCAAACAAGGCCCUCCAGGUCGGGUUGCUCUACCAACGGGACUGGCUGGUGUGAAGCGACCGGAGUUGCUGUGGGAGUUGGAGGAAAACCGCAAGGCAUUGAAAUCCAUACGUGAUCAUGUCGAAUCACUACAGCAGAUGUUGGCAUCACUCGCUCCCCCCAAAUCGGCCAUUGUCUCGCUCCCCCCACUUGUGUAG